GUCCGAUCCAUCCGCCAGUCACGCACACGGCACCUCAUCUCACCUCACGUCGUCGCCUCCCCCUCCGUCCCCUCCCCUCCCCGGCCUAGUUCUCAAUUGGUCGCCCACACCACACCCAACUCAACUCGUGUCUUCCUUGCCCUUCCCCCCCUUCACAUUACGCGUCAUAAACCAUACACAACUUGUUGGUAUCUCUUUCUCCCUGUCUCUUCCUUGCAAUACCCAUUAAACAACCCACUAGCGAACAACUAAUCAACAACAAUGUCGUACGCUGAAGUCGCAAAGGACAACAUCCCCACUACCGGUGAGAUCCCCCAGCCCAGCCAGGACGGCGCCGCCCCUCCCGGCGGUAGGUCACUGCACCGGGCGAGGCCCGGGCCACCACAAGCUAACCUCGAUGCAGAGGGCAAGACCUGGGACCAGGAGAAGGCCGACAUCAAGAAGGCUACCGAGGACGGCCUCGACAAGGCCGAGAAGAAGGGCCGCGAGUUUGAGAAGAAGGCCAGGGCCGAGCUUGACCGCGCCGAGACUGCCAUCGAGGCCUACUGGAACAAGGCCAAGGAGGUCAUCCUCCGCCCCUCGACCCUCGGCGGCCUGGUCGGCGUUGUGAACGUUGGUCUCAUUGGCUCGCUCGGAUACUGGGCCUACCUCAACAAGGACCGUACUUGGGACAGGCGCCAGGUCGGCGCCGCCGUCGCCGGAACUCUUGCUCUCUUCGGUGUCGAGGGCUACGUUGCCGAAUCGUACCUUGACACCCCCGAGGGCCGUGCCGAGGCUGAGCGUGCCAAGAAGGAGGGCUCGAAGGCUUACCUCCACGCCAAGGAGGUCAUCCUGCGUCCUAACGUUGCUGGUGGUCUCGCCGGUGUCUUCAACCUCGCUGUCAUUGGUACUGUCGGUUACUUCGCCCACAAGCACUGGAACGAGGUCUGGGACCGCAAGAUUGUCGCCGCUGUCACUGCCGGCCUCCUCGUUUUGACCGGAAUUGAGGGUGCCCUCGGCAAGGAGUAUGUCGACAAGGAGCUUCCCAAGCACUAGAUAGAUGGUGAUGGUGAACAGCAUCCCCGGUUCCCCGCCAUCUGAUCUACGUGGAGCGUUGAGCCCAUUUGGGUGCUUGUACUAUGCUGUGGACUGCCUCGAAUGAAUUCAAGCUUCUGAAGUGUCA